AUGCGAAAUAUGUCCACUUCUUUGCCCACUGAGUGUUGGAUGGGCAUCCUGAACUUCCUGGAACCAAAUGACAUUGUGUCAGUUUUAGCAGUAUGCAGAGACUUCCAUUCAUCUUUCCUGUCCUUGGUUUAUAAUAGAAUCUCUUGGGAAUGGGAAACGGUGCCCCUGGCGCGCAUUCUACAGCUGUUACGAACUAUUCUGAAGAACCCGGAACUAGCCUUGCUAAUACAGCAUGUCACCAUUGUUUCUCCAUCGAGGAACACCAUUCUUUAUAGCUGGAAUGAUGCUAAAGUUAAAUGCGACAUGAAGGAGGAGACUGUCGGUUAUACCGAUGUGGUUGAGCUCGCCCAAGUACUGGUCAAGUACGCCAAAUUUCCAGAUGCUUUGAAAUGGAAUGAGGCUCUUGAAAACGGCAAUCCUUAUGCCUUUGUCGCUAUUUUGCUAUCCCAGUUACACAACUUGAGAUCUCUUCGGCUUGACUACUCAUUUGUCUGGAAGUCAGGGUUUCCAGGACUGAUGAUGAAGCAUGCCCUUUUCUCUGCCCCGGAAGGUCUAUUGUCAAGAUUCACCUCUCUGGCCACAGUGGAUUAUGGUAGCAACGUACCCAUAGCUGAAGAGUUUAAUCCCUUGUUUAAUAGCUUUGAUACAACCCCUGGUUACCCUCUCUGUGACCCAAAUCAAUUCAUGGCGUGGUUCCAUUUGCCGUCUAUUCAAUCUUUAUCAAUCUGGCUACGAAGCUUUCAGGAGGUGAUUACGGAACGUUCUCGUCCACAAGCGAAUCUCAAUCAACUACAGACACUUGUCCUCGCUCGAGCAACGAUUAGAGAGGACGAAGUGCCAGAUCUGCUGUCCCAGAUGAGCACUCUAAAGACUCUCCAUUUAGGCCUAGCAUAUCGAUGGCACGAUGAAGAACUCCUGAACAAUCCAUACUACAUCAUUGAAGGUCUUGAGUAUGUCAGUCAGACUGUGGAAAAUCUAUCACUUGGGCUAGAGUACUACCCAUAUAGUCAGUGGGAGUAUUAUUUUGACAGCCAAGAUUACUGGUCGAGAGAAUUAUUCCAAGGCUUUCUAAAGGAAUUUCCGCGUCUACGGUCUGCAGAAGUCCCGAUCUCCCUCCUGUUAGGAAUGGACGACGAGGACCCUGUGAAUAUCGAAAAGAUCAGUAGCCUCUUGCCACCCACACUGGAAGAGUUGUGUCUUCAGUGGGACAACGUGGAAGUGAUUGGGACAUGGAGUGGUGAGGUUAAAUUGCAUGACUGUGUACGAUAUUUGCUGAUUGACCUGCGCUCACAUUCACCCAACCUCAAGCGUGUCGCCAUUCGGCAGAGCAUGGGUUCUCCAGUUGGGACGAAAGGCUGGGAGAAGGAACGCGCAGAGCUUCAGGUAGAAUGUGCUCAGGUGGGAAUCGAGCUGCAGCUGGUGUUUGACUAUCUAUCUCCGGGUCUGUGGACACAAGAGGCCCACAUAUGA